AUGGAUUCUGUUAAAUCAGAGCCACAAGAAAAUUCUCCUCGAGGUGGACCCGUUGACACAGAGAACAGCAGCAGUUCUACUUUUUCUUCUCCACCUCUGGGGGAAGGUGGGAUACCAACUAUGGAUGCUGACCUGCGGCCUCUGGUUGAAGAAAAUGCUUUUCAGGCUUUGACUGGAGAGCCUUUGGCAAAAAGAACAUGUUUUACAUUUUACGAUGAAAGCUUGAUAAUGGAAGAAAAUGAAUUUUCCUCCCUCACCUUUCCUAGAAAGCUUUGGAAAAUAGUUGAAAGUGAUCGAUUUAAGUCAAUUUGGUGGAAUGAAGGUGGAACUUGCAUAGUAAUCAAUGAGGAGCAAUUUAAAGAAGAGAUUUUAGAAAAGAAAAAUUCUAUUAGGGUAUUUGAAACUGAUUGUAUGAAGAGUUUCGUCCGCCAGCUUAAUCUCUAUGGCUUCAGUAAGCUUCCUCAAGACUUGGAAAGAUCUCCUUCCCUUGACGAUUUUGUAGUGGAAGAAAAAGAGACUUUACCAUCAAGCAAGUUACAGUUGUACUAUAAUCCCGAUUUUAAAAGAGGCUACCCUCACCUAGUCUCAAGAUUGAAGAGAAGAGUGGGUGUGAAAAAUACAGCUAACUAUCUUUUCAUGCCAAGUCAAAACAUGAUCAAGAAUUUCUUAAGAGGGGAUCACCAUAAGAAGUCUUCUCCGACUGGCAUGACUGCUAAGAAACGUUCUGCUUCUUCUUCUUUUGCUUCUUCUUCUUCUUCUUCUUCUUCUUCUUCUUCUUCUGCUUCUUCUGCUUCUUCUGCUUCUUCUGCUUCUUCUUCUUUUGCUGCUGCUUCUUCUUCUUCUUCUUCUUCUUCUUCUUCUUCUUCUUCUUCUGCUGCUGCUGCUUCUUCUUCUUCUUCUUCUUCUUCUUCUUCUUCUUCUUCUUCUUCUUCUUCUUCUUCUUCUUCAACUUCAAGAGAGAAGGGGCCAAAAAGUGUGAAAAGUAGCCACGUCAAUGAGCAGCCAUCUGCCAGCGGCCCAGCUUCUAGAGGCAACUUCUCUGCUCCCCAACUCUUGGUAGGAGGAGCUCCUCAUGCUAGACUGAACCAGUUCACUCCUUUCCACCUGGCUCAUCUGGUAGGUCUUCCUCAACUGAAUAUGCAUGGUACAGAUGAAUUUGCAGCUGCUGCAUCUCUCUAUCAUGCUAUCCAGAAUGCUUCAUUUCACUCUGCGAUGUACCCAGCAAUGUACUCCGAGUUGACAGCCAUACAGGCCCAUCUGGCCAGCCUUCUGCCAUUUUGGGGCCCAUGGUACUCAAUACCUAUGAUGGCUGCUGCCUCUGCCCUCUCAAUGCCCAUGUCUUCCGAAGAGGAACAAUCCUCUCAGUACCAACAUUGUCCCAAUUGCAGCUGCAGCUCUUCAAACAACGUUCAGUCUUCCAAAGGGGAUCCAAGGUAUAACUAA